AGAUCAACUAAUGCUGUAAUGAACACUGACACCACAGUUAGAGAAGACACAAGCGGCUUUGUCGUCAAUUGUUCCAGCAGCCUUACAGAAGAAAAAUGGGCAAGCACUGCUACCACAAGAUGAGGAUGACUACAGGGAAAGAUUUAUUCCUAUAACACGUAGGUCAAUAAUUCGCCAUCUCAUGCAGAAGAAAGAUUUUCUCACACGAGAAGAGCUGAAAGUGUAUGAAGAUUUUGCACUUGCCUUAGAUACAGCAAUUGUCAAUAAAUACCAUGGUGUUCUUCAAGAGCGUAAGAAUCUUUUUGACCCUAUCAACCCAGACAAAGACACAAUAGAAACCCGAAAAUGGAACCCAAGGGAACGUCAGGACAAUGAAUUCUGGUUGCUACAGCGACUGGAAGAUAUUAUGGAGAAGGCCAAUUUUCAUGAACUUCCAGAGGAUGUAGUCAACAAAGCAUUAGAGGAACAUGAGGUUUCGGAUGGUGUCAGGGUAUCAGUUGACAAGAACAAGUACGAUGUAUUGAAAUUUUGGGCUUUAGGACGUGAGAAGAUUACAGUAAGCGUACCUUGGUAUAAAGCCUUGUUCAUGAAGAAAGAAAACAUGCCGAAACCCAAGUUGUACUACAAACGUGUUGUGAUUGCAUUAAGAUUUAAACGAGACCAAAAACUCAUGCUUAAGUCUUUCAAGGAAAUUCCUGUGAAUGCUCUGGAAAUGAUGCUUCCAGAUGGGAAAAUCAAAAUCAGUAAAAUGGACAAAGGUAUAAUUGCAACUUCCGUUAGUAUUGCCGUGAUGGGCAUUGUAGCGAAGAUAGUAACACUCUUAGCAUCCAUGAAUGUUGAUUGGAUGCUUAUCCUGAGUGGUGUAACUGGACUGGCGGCUGUGCAGAGCUGGACAAUAUACAAAAACAAAAGGAAUAGAUAUCUGGCAGAUUUAUCAAGGCUUUUGUACUUCAAGAAUGUGGCCAGUAAUCGUGGUUUGUUGGCACUGCUUGUGGAUAGGGCAGAAGAUGAGUCCUUCAAGGAGGCUUUAUUGGUGUGCACAUUUCUACUUGCUAACAGACCGAGUACAAUGUAUGACAAGAGAAGUAUUGAAAUGUCACCUGCUGAGUUAGGUGGGCUUACCGCUGUUCAAUUGGAAGGAAGGAUAGAGAAGUGGGUUUAUCAAGUGACAGGCACAGAGGUGGAAGUAGAGUCACUGGAAGCUAUAAAUCUACUCAAGAAGUUCGGAAUUCUGUGUGAAAUUGACAGUAAGUUGCACGUGCUACCACUGAUGGCAGCAUUGCACAAUCUUCCUCAGCAACCGCAGUCAGUGGUUGCUAGGACAACAGAAUCGGACAUAUUUGAGGGUUACGAUAGAGACGUUUUCAUGGAAACUGAAGAGCAGUAUCAAGAGGAAGAAAAGGUUCAAAAGAGAAUAGGAUGGUUUUGAAAGUUGUGAAAGAUAAUUAGUAGAAAAUAAAGAUAAAUUUUACACCAAAUCAGGUCUAAUAGAAUAUGCAUCAUGUCGUUUGGUAUACAUGCUGCUGGCAAAAAAUAGUGUGUGAUACAAAUGGACAGAAACAGGUGUGUAGAGGACAUGCCUGAAACUAGUUUGAAUGUAAGAGCAGCCAUUAUGCAGUGUACACUUUGAAAAUGUUUAUAAAUUGCCUAUUUUACAGAAAAUGCUUCCAUUUCAAAUACAUAUUACACCACAAAAUAAAUUGUUUUACAGAUGUAUUAAGUAGAUUUUAAUUGCAGAUGUAAAUGUUUGAACUUUCUGUGGAUAUAAGAUGUCCUCAGUUUUAUGUAAGUCUUAAAAUGCUAAAUUACUUUCCCAAUCAUUGCCCUGUCUUUUAGAUUUUUCUUGUGGUACAUAUUUUUUAAAUGUUUAUAUAACAUUUCAUUUUAGUUACCUUUAAGUGUAUUUGCAGUAAAUUUGAUGUAUUGCGUUUAAUCUUUAACUGUUAGAUUGAUGUCUUGCAAACUGAUAUUUAGGAGUUACUAACUACAGUUGAAUGUGCCCACACAGUUGAAACAGAUGUCUAAAAUUCUAAAAAUACAAGACUUCCAGUUCAGCUUCAACUCUUAGAAAGAGCUAUAAUAAUAAAAAAUAAAUGUGUCUGACAGCACAGUUAAGAAAGUAAGACGACUGGCAUGUGGUCGAGAUAUAAUUGUUUGCAAUAUUUAUUCUCCAUUAAAGGCACAUGCCUCUAGAUUUAUGUCACUAUUUUUGAAAUUUAAAUUGGUGAUUUCAAUAUUUAGUAAUUGUAAAUAAAGCAAAAUUAAAGUGGUUCUGUGUAUUCUAGUUUGUAUCGGUGUGCAGUCCAUAAUAUAUGCAGGAAAGUUCUGAAAAGUAUAGGAUACACUAUAUAACACUGUGAUGUAAACACAAGGAAUUUAAUGGUUCGUUAUAUCAUACUUCUGAAAUGUUUGCUACUUUAAUUGUGUUGAUUUAUGAUAUUACAUAGAGGACAUUACAUGAGUGUCUUUUCAUAUUGAACUUAUUAAAUACUAGUAAGUUGAAUAAAAAAUGUGAGGCUCUGUCGAGCAUUUUAUCAAUUUUAUUCAAAGUCAAUGUUGAUAGUCACAAAUGUAAUAUUAUUUUUAGCUCGACUAUUCGAAGAAUAAGUAGAGCUAUCCUACUCACCACGGCGUCGGCGUCACACCCUGGUUAAGUUUUUCGUACCAGUCCACUUUUUGACAAAGUCUUUUGAGAUAAAGCUUUGAAACUUUCAACACUUGUUAAUCAUCACCAUGUCCAGUUGUAGGCAACAGUACAUAACUAUGUCAAGCAUUUUGACUGAAUUAUGGCCCCUUUUGACUUAGAAAUCUUGGUUAAGUUUUUUCGUACCAGUUCAUAUUUUGACAAAGUCUUUUGAGAUAAAGCUUUGAAACUUUCAACACUUGUUUACCAUCAUCAUGUCCAGUUAUAGGCAAGAGUACAUAACUCCAUCUAGGAUUUUGGCCGAAUUAUGGCCCCUUUUUGACUUAGACAUCUUGGUUAAGUUUUUCGUACCAGUCCACUUUUUGACAAAACUUUUGAGAUAAAGCUUUGAAACUUUCAACACUUGUUAACCAUUACCAUAUUCAGUUAUAGGCAAUAGUACAUAACUCCAUCAAGGAUUUUGGCUGAAUUAUGGCCCCUUUUGACUUAGAAAUCUUGGUUAAGUUUUUUGUACCAGUUCAUAUUUUGUGUAAAGUGUUUGACAUAUGGCUUUGAAACUUUUAUAACUUGUUCAUUAUAAUAGUCUCUAUCAGUAGACAAGAGUACAUAACUCUGUCAUCUAUUUUGGCUGAAUUAUGGCCCUUUUUGGAUUUGGAAAUUGGUUCUGUUUUCGUACAUGUCCACGUUUUGUCAAAAUUAUUUGACAUAUGGCUUUUUAACUUUAAACACUUGUUUUUCAUCAUGAUUUCCAUUUGUAGGCAAGAGUACAUAACUCUGACAACUAUUUUGGCUGAAUUAUGGCCGUUUUUGAACUUUGAAAUUUGUUCAGGUUUUCUUACAAGUCAGCGUUUUGUCAAAACUAUUUGAGCUGUGGCUUUGAAACUUUCAACACUAGUUUAUCAACAUGAUUUCCAUCUCUAGGCGAGAGUGCAUAACUCUGUCAACUAUUUUGACUGCAUUAUGGCCCUUUUUGGACUUGGAAAUUUGUUAAAGUUUUCAUACAAAUCCAUAUUUUGCCAACAUAUAACAUAACAUAUUUGCCAUCAUGGUCACACAUUGCCAUUUAGUGCAAGACUAAUCAAAAUUCACAAGUACAGGAACAUUUUUGUGUUUAAUCCAUUUUUUCUUUUUUUCUGAAAAUCUAUGGUAAUAUUUUGACCCCAUUUUUAUGCCCCCGAAGGGAGGCAUAUAGUUUUUGAACCGUCUGUCUGUCUGUCGGUCUGUCAGUCUGUCGGUCUGUCCGCAAUUUUCGUGUCCGGUCCAUAUCUUUGUCAUCGAUGGAUGGAUUUUCAAAUAACUUGGCAUGAAUGUGUACCACAGUAAGACGACGUGCAGUGCGCAAGACCCAGGUCCGUAGCUCAAAGGUCAAGGUCACACUUAGACGUUAAAGGAUAGUGCAUUGAUGGGCGUGUCCGGUCCAUAUCUUUGUCAUCGAUGGAUGGAUUUUCAAAUAACUUGGCAUGAAUGUGUACCACAGUAAGACGACGUGCAGUGCGCAAGACCCAGGUCCGUAGCUCAAAGGUCAAGGUCACACUUAGACGUUAAAGGAUAGUGCAUUGAUGGGCGUGUCCGGUCCAUAUCUUUGUCAUCGAUGGAUGGAUUUUCAAAUAACUUGGCAUGAAUGUGUACCACAGAAAGACGACGUGCAGUGCGCAAGACCCCGGACCGUAGUUCAAAGGUCAAGGUCACACUUAGAUGUUAAAGGAUAGUGCAUUGAUGGGCGUGUCCGGUCCAUAUCUUUGUCAUCGAUGGAUGGAUUUUCAAAUAACUUGGCAUGAAUGUGUACCACAGUAAGACGACGUGUAACGCGCAAGACCCAGGUCCGUAGCUCAAAGGUCAAGGUCACACUUAGACGUUAAAGAUCAUUUUUCAUGAUAGUGCAUUGAUGGGCAUGUCCGGUCCAUAUCUUUGUCAUUCAUGCAUGGAUUUUAAAAUAACUAUGCAUGAAUGUGUGACACAGUAAGACGAUGUGUCGCGCGCAAGACCCAGCUCCAUAGGUCAAAGGUCCUAAACUCUAACAUCGGCCAUUACUAUUCAUUCAAAGUGCCAUCGGGGGCAUGUGUCAUCCUACGGAGACAGCUCUUGUUCAAUCAAUUUUUCGAAUAGUCGAGCGCGCUGUCAUCAGACAGCUCUUGUUAUCACAUGUUACCUUUUCCUGAUGAAAAAAAAAUCUACUUUCUUUUUUCUUAAACAAGUCAAUUUGACCAACGUAUCAUAUACUAUAAACGAUGUCAACGUCAAAGCUUUAUUACACUAGUGUAUUAUCAAUUUUAUUUAAUGGCUUUAUUAUACUUCCGCAAUGUCAAACAUUUGAUAAAUAUAUUUAAUAGACACUGCUGAUGAAAUUUAAGCCACAUACCUCCAGCUACCCGGAACAGUGUUCUAAGAAACAGAGUAAUCUUGUAAUUGUUGUCAAAUGAAUAAAAAUAGUACAUUGUUCUGCUCUGGUACCCUGCACUAUUAUGGGGAUGAUGCAUAGUUGAUAAGAUCCAAGGUCAUUAAUAUUUACCUUGUGUCUUGUGUUUGCCCCAGCUUUUAUUUGGAACAGUCGGCACAUAAUCUAAACAUGCUUGAACACUACCCUUUCAUAGACUUAGAGUGUGUGCAGAAUGUUCUGAGCAGUCAAAGGAUACAACUUUUCAGAUUGGUACUUUUCUAGAGGCAUAGACCUUGAACAGAGAACUAUGAGUAUGUGUCUUUAUUAUCAAAGGACAUUUUGUUCUUAAUAUUUAUGUUUUGAAAGUGCUAAAAUUUGACUUGUAUUCUAAAUUGUUAUUUAUAUUAAUAAAAUACAUGAACUAUU